CGGAUUCCAAGUGCCGGCUUGAGCAGAGAGAGGCGUUCGAAGACGUUGGCAGAUUUGCCCUCAAGCUCGUACUCUUUCGUCCAGCUCUUGGAGAUCUUGCCACUUUCGGAUUUUGCGUGGUAGUGGCAAGACAGCACAUCCCUUGGUCGCGGGACAGCAGCCUCCAGUGUCCAGAAACCAUGGCGGAACUCAACAAACGUCAGCUCAACAUCUCCGCGGUGGAGAACGAUAUCACUAUGGUCCCAUUGAACGAUGGCGGAUAUACCGAGAUGCACAGUCCUCCGAACGUCCGGCUCCGCACCGGCACCAUCGGCAGUGAGGAUUUUAACGACAAAGGUGCUAACCUGCGAAUCGACAUGGACAAGGGCCAAAAGAAAUCGAUCAAGUCGGAUAUGCUCUCUUCGGAAUUUCGAUUCAAUGCCGAGUUAUCACUGCGUGUUGCAUGUGGUGUGAUCAUUGCGUCGUUCAUCCAAACACGUGAUCCGGACUACAACCCGUCGAUUGAACACGACAAGAAGUGGUUCUUCUUCCCGGAAUGGUACUACCUGGGUGGUCUCAGUUACUGUGCUGUGGCUGUCAUCUUCUCUGCCGGAAAGAACGUUGGAGCAACGCUGACUCAGGUUUGCCAGGCGUUUUACGGUGUGGGUAUGGCGCUGGUGUACAACCUUUUGCUCUUCUCGUUCGUGGACGUUCACACCUUCGACGGCUCGUUUGACGGCUACGUCAACAUCUCGAAAACUGUGUCCUUCGGAGGAUCCCAGUACUAUGUCAACUCACACAACUUCUACGCUGUGCUACCGUGGAUGGUGAUCUUCACCGUCGCUGUUCUACUGCUGCCAUUAGAGAGCAACACCAAGAAGUUCGCAUUGGCCAACAACCUCUACUUCACAUUAACAAUCAUUAACCCCACGGACCCGCUGGACUCCAGCAAGCUGAAGGAAACGGGCGAUAAUUACUUCGAGACCAGCAACAUUCUGAACAACCUGGCGAUGUAUUUCCUCGUGGGCUUCGUCGGAACGCUCAUUUCGCUGCUCAUUAUGUUUAUUCCCUAUCCGAUUUUUGCGAUAGCCAAGCUCCGUGAGGAAACCAAGAACGCAUCGGGAGAUGUUCUGGAUCUGCUGAACGUCAUUGUGGACUCGUAUUGUUUCAAGAACAAAAAUGUGGAUCACAUGAAUUUUCUGAAACUUAAACUUCAACGCAAAUUUGACGCAGCAGCUGCACGUCAUCGUCGUAUGAACGCAUUGCUGGGGGACGUCUGGUGGGAGCAGCUCUUCGGGUUCCACCUCUUUUUCAAGUUUAAUCGCUCGAUGACCAAGGGAUACGUGCGUCUUAUCGGCUCGCUAAUUUCGGAUCUCCGAUCACUGAACAACGCCAUGCAGCUCGAACAAUAUGAUCAUCUGCACUUCAUGUACAUGAAAGUCCUCCAGCGAGAAAUUUACGUCAUCCAGAUGCGUUCCGGCGACCUACUUCAUGAAAUUUCGGGUGAAAUUCACGCUUCCUCUCAACAGCUCAAUCUUCAAGCAAUCAAAACGUUGAAAAGGCAGAUGGAAAACACGCUGCGUCACUACCGAGAAGCGCAAAUUCGCUUACUACAAUCGCACAAGGUCAAGCCGAAAGACGUCGAAGGAAACGUCCCGUUAAACUUGUUCCUGUUCUCGCUCAACUCGUUCUGCAGCACUUUGAUCGAGUACCAAGACACACACAACAAAAAGGAUUUCCACGGUGGUCGACGAGCACGUUCAGGCGUCACACAGGCCAUCAAAGAUUUCUUUGUGGUGCACCGGUACACCCGAGCUCGAAUCCUCGAAGCUGCCCGAGUAUCCGUCGCUAUCAUCAUGGGUAUCUUCCUGGCUGUGUACAUUUACGGCUUCAGCUCCACCACUCCGAGUGCUGUUGCGUACGUGAUGGGAAACCACAUCGGAGGCUCGUUCAGUGUCACUGUGAACCGUGUGGGUGGCGUCGUGGCUGGAAGUGUGGUUCCUUCUGUGUUCCAAUUUUUCAUUUCCCAAAUUUGCAAUCCGGAGUUCCUGAAUGUAUUUCUAUCCGACCUGCUGCUCUUCAUUUGGGUCACCUUGUCCAUGUACGUCAAGUUCGUGGAAGGCUACAGCUCCUACGCUGGUGUAGUCUCCGCUUUCAUCGCCGCUGGAGUUCUCCUUCGUCAAUCUGAUGUAUGCUACGCCAACGGGUCUGACAGCUCUUCGACGAUCGCUAUCAGUUCAUAUUCCAGUCUCGCACAGACUUCGGUGGGUCUGGUGUUGUUCAUUGUAUUAGAAAUGGCCAUGUGUCCUGAAAGCGCCACCGGUUUACUUCGCAAGAACAUCCAGCAGACUCUUAAGUUGCAGCAGAAAGCUUUCGGUAUUUUAUUCGGCCAUCAUCUCUCAAGCUCCGGACAAAUGAGUAACGAGACGAUGGAAGAGGUUCGAGACAUUCUACAAGUGCAGAUCCCAGCUCAAUUAGUGGAACAGCGUGCGUUGCUCAAAGAAGCCGAAGCCGAGCCGCAAAUGUGGCGUCCAGCGUUCUCGAAGCAGAAGUACGAGGCAGUAUUCGACAGUACCACCCGGUUACUGAACAACAACAACUUGUUGUUUAAACUUGUACGCUGGUACAACUACCGUGUCGAGCAGAACUUGGCCCAGUCCAACUCGGUUGAUAUCCGCGACAUGGGCAUCGAAAGCGCACGUGUGUUUGACACAAACGGAGGGCGAACAACGCAUACGAAGUGGCAAGAAGCGAGCACCCAGUUCUUGUCUGUUGUGGACGAUACCUUCAACACUUUGCAGAUGCUUUUCGGGGAGUCGUUCCUGUACUCGGAUCCGGAUCAAACGGCCAUUUUCAUGCAGAUGAAGGAAGCUUUCCGUGUCGCGGACAAGGACUGUAGUGGCGAGAUCGACGCCGAUGAAGUCGCCGUGAUGCUGGAGACCAUUUUCGCUCAAUCGGGUGCAGUGAAACAAGAAGAAAUCACCAAAUACGUCGCGGAUUUCAUGGAAAUUGUGGACAAGGAUUGCAGUGGAAAGGUGUCGUUCGAGGAGUUCAUGGCAGCGUUGGAAGAUGGUCUUAAACUCGAGGUGGAAGUGUACCAUCGGCGUAAACCCAAAGCAGCUUUGAAGCAUACACUUACAAGUAUAAAUGAAGACAGUCACGUUGGCUCGCGUGCGGCUCGAGCAAGCUGCAGUGUCACGUCCUCCAAUAGUGCAGACAUGACGAAAAUUACAUCUAGUAUGUUCGAUACCAAGUUGCAAGGAGGUCGCGUGUUGAGUACGGUGUCCUCGGCACAGAAUACUCCGAGGAAAGGCUCUGGGUACACGAAGAGGGCGUCGUCGAUCACUUCGCCUAUUCGACGUAACCACGACGUGUUGAAUGUCGAGGACUUUUCGACCAGUGAUAUUGCUGCUCAGAUGAAAUCUGCUUAUGUCGAGUGGCUCAUGGAAGGCCACCGAUUCAAGCGCGUGACGAUGGAGGAGCUGCUCUUGCUCAAUUGUCUGGUCAGUGGGGCUGAGGGGAUUGCCAGAAACCUGACGCUUAUGGAAGAGAUCGUUGUGGCUUCAUAG